CUUUAGAAAAUUUUAAUAUAUUUUAAUAUAAUAUGGCGACAAGGAAGAAGAGAACAGAGAAAGAAAAGAUUCCGGUUCCGGAAUUACGUAUUCGUGAUCCUAUGUCGGUUGUUGUUGAAAAACUUGGUAAUAGGGAUGCACGCGUUAGUGGUGAUAUAAGGUUCUAACAAAUAAUACAAAUUUUACUUCAAAAAAACGUCUUUAGAGAAAAAAAAAAGGAAAAAAAAUCAUGCGAGUCCGCAUUUACUUUCUUUAACAUUUAUAUUUCAUUCUUAGCAAGGAAACCCUGAAGGAAUUAUUGAUGUCAUCGUUAAUGCUCGUAUCUAAAGAUCAAUCGAUAAUUUCAGAAUCUUUUCGAGAUACAUUGAUGUCAGUUCCUCGAAAAGAAACGAGACAUCUUCUGUCAGAAAAAAAAGGUCGGAGAAAAAAUAAAAAAACGAAAAUUCGCAAGAGUAUAAAAGACCGAAGUGAUGUAAUAUCGGAUGGAGAUAGUAGAUGGGAUCUUUACGAUGAGGCAAGUACUGACGAAGAAAUGAAGAGAACGGAAGGAGAAGAAGAAAAAGAAGAAAAAGACUUACCAAGUUGCCCUAGCUCGCUCACGGAAGACUUAAAUCUCUCCUAUGAUGGAAAAUGGUUGAGAAAAUACAUGAAGAUACCAUUGAAAAUGGCAUUCAAAGAAAUCAUUGCAAAAAAACCUUACGAUCCAGUGGGCUAUCUAGGCUUUUGGUUACUUAAUUACAAAAAAACUCUGGAAGACAAUAGACGAUCUUUAGAGUUAGAAGAAGAAUUAUAUCAUUUAAGAUGCAUGAUGAUAAAACCGAGGGAAGAAGUUGAGGAGGAGGCAUCUGAAGUUAGAACGGACGACGAAGAGGAAAAUAUCGAAUUGGAUUGGAAUUUUCAACGAUACAAUAAUAAUUGAUAAUAAACAUAAUUAACUUUAUUGAAAUCCAUCAAUAUUUUUUAUAACAUCAUUGGUCCAAUCGACCAUAACAUAUAUUGUAUACAAUGAUGCGUUAAUUAAAGAAGAAAAAAAUAAAACGUAAGAAAAAGGAAAAUAAAUUAACGUAUCCAAAGAAACUGCGAAGGGUCUGGUCUUCUGUCGGACCACAUCCUAGAGACUACUCCUAGCACGUAUGAGGCGUGCACAAAGCUCAUUGGAACUUGUUAUCGUGCCGAGAGAUGGUGUCACGGUCGCAGAAGCUAAAGCUCGUUUAUUUCCGGCUGGAAUCGAGCAUCUUCGGCUUCGCUUCGCGCUCCUUAUGCGGGGGUGCGCUCAGUUCGAAUCGCGCAGCCGCUCGUUCUAUCUCGGUGGGCGCUUUAUCGAAAAGCGUAGAAAAAAAAGGGGGGAAGAAAAGCGAUGGACUAGAGAGGGGGGCAGGGAGUAAAGUGAAGAAGGAUAGAGAGAAAGAGAGAAAGAGAGAAAGAGGGAGAGAGACAGAGAGAGAGGGGGGGGAGAGAGGGAGAGACGAAUAGAUAAAUAGAUAGAUAGAUAGAUAAAUAGAUAGAUAAAUAGACAGAUAAAGAUAGAGGGAAAGUAAAGGAGAAGGAAUUAUCGAAAGGUUCGAGUCGCGAUCGCGUCGCAAGAGGAUGAAGGUUCCUCGAAGGCGCGCGAUCGCGGCACGGUGGGUGAUAGAAAAGUAUAGAAAGUGCUGCUUGGUCGGACGCGUGUCGAGGGAGCAAAAGGAGGAAGAGAAAGAGGUGGUGGUAGUGGUGGUGGUAGUGGCGGCAGUGGUGGUGGUGAUGGUGAUAGUGGUGGUGGCUGUGGUGGGUGCCCCCUCUCGUUAUUGACGCGAGGGUUGGCCGAAAGCGGCGGCCAUGUCGGUCGAACGGUUCGCAUCUUGAUCGCCGGAUGGCGCUGCUUCCGUCGUCGCUUCCGUUAUCGCGGUCCACUCUGCCUGCGCUGGAAUGCCCUCGAGGAGGAGGAGGAGACCGUCGAGCUUUUCUACGGGGCCCCUUUACGCGUCGCGAUCAGGUGACUACAUCCUAGUCCGACUCCAUAUAUCCGGAUGCCUCGUCGUUUCCGUGUUCUACCCGCGUAACAGUUCUCCCGUUUAUACGCGAUCUUACGUGCCAGUGUCAUUGGGUAAAAGAAAAUAGGAACUCACGCACGGUGUUGUAGAGCGAACGAAAUAAGAUUGAAAUUGAAAGAGGAUAGUGUGAAAAAGGGUGACAGAAGGAAAAGAGGAGAAGAAGGUGGAGGAGAAGGAGGAGAAAGAACUAGAAGAAGAAGAAGAACGAGAAAGAAUAAAAAAGAAAGAGAAAGAGAGAGAGAGAGAGAGAGAGAAAAGAAACGGGUGGUCCACUUUCAACGCGGAAGAGAAUCAAGGGUGCAAGAGAAUGGUGAUAGUGGUGUGAUGCUGUGUCUUGUUAUGACCUCGAAGCUUGCGAACUAUUUUUCUUGGAUCCGAGCAACGCCCGUUUUCCGAGAGGAAAGAUCUUAUUUCUAAUCUCUCGCCGAGUAAAAAAACGGAAUGAGAAGGUAGUUAUAGAGAAUACGAAAAAAAGAGAGGAAUAUAUAUAUAUAUAUAUAUAUAUAUACAUAUAACGACACAGCAUACGAGUAAGGGGAAGGAGAGAGAGAGAGAGAGAGAGAGAGAGAGAGAGAGGGAGGUCGCGGCGACCGAGUUAAAGCGCGAACGCGGAACACGGGAGUGUCGUCCACCAUUUUGGGUGCGCGAGGUUAUUCGAUGCGUGCAUGGAUACAUCGUACGAAAGGGACCUACGUCCUUCCUCAUUAGCGAACAAUGAAGAUCGGCAAAUAGGAAUGGUGCGCUCGUUAAUAAGGGUUACGUCGAAUAGGUACGGUGACAUAGCUAUUAUGGAAAUCGUGGCUUCAGGUGUCGUGUCGUGAGUUCGAACGGACGGAGUUCGAAGGUUUUGAUUGUGGUAGUGGUGGUGGUGGUGGUAGUAGUGGUGGUAGUGGUGGUGGUGGUGCUGCUGCUGCUGCUGCUGCUGCUGCUGCUGCUGCUGUUGCUUGCUGUUGCUGCUAUUUCUUCUGGGAUACGUGGAUAUCGUUCGUCUCUAGUGGAUUAUUGUGCUACGAUACAUAAUAAAUAGCAAUUACGAUAAAUAAUAAUCGGUUCGUUCGUGAUUAUCCGAUUUGUUCUCUAUAUUCUUUUUAAAACGAUUGAAAUUGGUCGAAGGAUAGGUAAAAGGAGGGUAAAUAAAAGAGAAAAAAGAAACGAGAGAGAAGAAACAAAAACAAAUUGAAGAAGGAAGGAUAAACGAAAGAAGAAAAGGAGGAAGAAGA